GUGAUGUGUGUUGAUACCAACAAAUUGCACCUCUCUCUCGUGUCAUCUCGAGAGGCAGCAUUCGGCCGUUCAAGCGAGAUGAGCUGCUCUCCACCACCAUCACCGUAUCCAAUGAUAAUAGUCUUCACGAGGGCAUACAUUUAACCUCGAUUACUUGGCAGGCGCAGUGAUGUUCUCUCUCGUGCAGCACAGCACAGCACAAACAACACCCACAGCACCGAACAGAGCCAUAUUAUUCAAGACACCGGCCCUCGUGAAAUCCGGCAGCAGUUCGGCCAGUUUCACCAUGGACAGAGGAUCACGAAUCAGCUGUGCAUAUCCAAAUUAUGACUUCACCGUGGAGAAGCGCGCAAAUAAAGAUCUUCAUAUCCUCACAACAAAUCGUGGAAGUAGAAAGUUGAUCUGUGGAGAACUGGAAGUUUAUCUGCUGGUUAUCUUUGGAAGUGCUGCACGAAUCCAGGGGCGAUUUCGAGAUGGUGUGUUGAUGAUUUUGCCACGUUGGGAAAAUGCCGGAAUUUGUUACUGGAGCGAUGGAUGGAUGGAUGUCUGGUUGCCUGAGGCCAAGGCUGUUCCAAUGUGUUGUUUGGGCUCGACUGGGUUGAGCUGCCGAGGCUCUAGUAUAGUAACAUUCGUAGAAUAACCGAUUGCUAAUCCUAUUUAACGUGGAACAAUUCCACUUUUCCUUAUAUAUUACUGCCGCUGACUUUUUUCUUAUAUCCCUAGACUAAGCGAAGUAUAUAUCGGCAAAAGGCAAUAUUUUAGGCCUGUAUAUUUCAGAGGGUGAAAACUAGGUAUUCUUUACCUGAUUCAGUUCUCUAUCGACCUACUCUAGGUUUAUCUUUCCCCGAGAGACUCUAUCUAAGAGCAUCUACUAGGUAUGCGGUGCAAGAACAGAGACAUAUAACCCUGUAAUUGGACUUAUACAGUUUCAGCAGUAUGCCUCGCCUUCCCUCUCGCCCUCUGUGCAUCUUUGGCCUGCUUUCUAGCCUGAUUUACGCUUAUCCCAACCUCCUCGUUAAUCUUAUUCAUCAAGCCAUCCUCUUCAACUUCAUCCAGUGUAAACGCCCCCAAAUUCCCCUGUCUCCACCU